AUGUACCCUGGCCUUCACUUUAUCACUAGUGAUGAGGUCCGCGAGCCUAGCAUGGCUUCAGACGAACUUGAAAGCUUUUUAUCUCGGCAGAAUAGGGAUACGGUCUAUCAAGAAGGCAGCGAGUCAUGGCAGGCUGAAUUAGACCGGCUUCUCGAAGUACUAUGGGAUGUCGCUGUGGACCGCGCGGUGAAUUUAACUCCUGGACCGCUCGAUGAUGAUGCGGCCUCUAUACCUGAAGCUAAUUCCAAAAAUAUGUCCAAUUCCGACGACGCCAACCUUGCUGCUGGAACACAACCCGGGUCGGCGGAUCGGGACAAGGGGAUCGACACGAGACCUCAAGAUACGAAUAUCCCUAAUAAAGACAAACGCGAUGACGAACCUUUUCUCACUUUUCCCGCAUUUCGUGCCCUUGCCCUAGCAUCUCCUGUUAUGGAGAAGUUUUUCGAAAACGAUUUGGUACAUUCCAUUAGGCUCGAGCCUGUUGAGCGAUCGGCCUCAGGCGCUGCCUUUGCAUGGCAUGCUGCUCCCGUGGUACCUAAGGGUACAUCUCCCCGCGCAGUUCCCGGUAGCCGCGGGCCUGACUAUAAGACAACGAGCACCGCAUCGAAUUCGUCUCCCCUCACAUCGGCCCUGCUCCAGAGUGGCUCAGCGUCUUUGGACGCCAAUACGCCUGCGAGCUAUUCUCGGGACAUUACUACAGGUGCCCGCGGAAAGGUUGUUGGGUUUUUGGGUGGGCUUCUUGGCGAGGAAGGAAAAACUCGCAUGGAUGCGCUGGCCGAUCAAGUCGCAUUACGCUUACAGACACAUUCCGUCAAAGGCCCCCUUCCCAGCUUUGCAAGACAGGUGUUUGAAUCCCCUAGUAACACGAAGUCUGGAAAUUGGCGAAGCGCUUUUAUGAGAGGCGCCACGGCAGCUGCCGGUGCGGUUGCAGAUGGUCGAGCGAUCGGUAUUGGUGGCCGCCUGGCGGGUGCAUUGGGUGUCAAUUCAUCUAAGAGAGAGUCAGACGAAUCUGCUAAUCGACAGCCUCCCGGCACCGAUGCAGACGCCGCAGUUACUCUGGGAUCUGGUCUACGAGGGAGCAAUUUGGCUACGGAGGGCCCUGAAGCGGCUGUGGCAACUCUGCUGGCAGCUAACGAAGCUCUCGUUCAGGAACGAAGCACCUUUGUUAUUGAUGAGGUUCAACCUUCUGACAAAACCAAUGAAGACCUAGAUGAGGACACGGGCAGUAUUGAUGGAAGCUUGUCGGCCCUCGACGACGAGGCUACGACAGUAUCUUGCUAA